UAGUUUUAAAAAAAAAAUUGACAGAUUUUUCGAAAUAUUGAUACAUCAGUAGCAAAUUGUAUAUUGUCAUUGAAAAUAUCAGUCAAAUUAUGUCAUUUUUUCUAUUCUAAGAAUUGAAGUUUUGUCAAUAGGGAACCCGAACGCAUGAAGGGGAACGAAACUAUCAGCUGUUUUGUCUACAUCGCGUAAUAUUUCCACUGUCAGUAUCUUUUCUCUUUCCCUCCUCAGCAAAAGACAUUUGUACAAUUCGUUAAUUGAGGUAAAAAAAGCGAUUGUGAAAUUUACAUUUAGGUAUCAAGGAAGUUGCGGUUCAGACAAGCGUUCAGUUCAGUGUUGAAAGUCAAUUUCACGAGGCAGACAUUCGUGUGUACGACAGAAUUGUUUUCUGUCUCUUUGUGUAUCGAUAGCAAAGUAAAUUGUCGUAUAGUUAGUUGUUAAAUCUAAUAAGUUUUUAGUUGCUUUCGUUACAAAGACGUGGCUUCGGGUGAUACUUUAUCGAUUUCUAGUUAAUAUCAGAUUUAUCAGUCAUCAUUCAUGAACAAGUGAUUAGGGUGAAUGGGCCAUGAACUUAUCACACCACAUGCAGUAAAGUGUUAGUUGUUUGACAGUGAACAAAAUAAGACAAAAAAAUCAUCAUACGAAUAGUAAUUUAUUCGGGAAUUUAAAAACGAAAAUCAGACUUGAUUAGAAUUAUUACAACCAAAAUUUCGGCGUAUAAGCCCAUAAUUACAAAAAGCAAGUCAUGCCUGAUACUAAAGUGUUGUCAUCCAACAACGUUGAUGAGGCUAGUUCAACAGCAAAUGGGGAAAUUCAUCAAAGUGAAGUGAAGAUACCAGAGCGGAAAUGGGAAGAAAUAACAAUUAAUGUACCAUGGGGCCAUGUAGCCGGCAAAUGGUAUGGAGAUCGCGAUAAACAGCCUUUAUUAGCGUUUCACGGAUGGCAAGACAAUGCUGGAACAUUUGAUCGACUAAUUCCACUGUUACCAAAGACAAUUCCAGUUUUGGCCAUAGAUUUCCCUGGACAUGGUCGAUCGUCUCCAUUCCCUCCCGGUGUUCAGUACCAUAUUUUCUGGGAUUUUGUCCCACUCGUACGGCGAAUUGUGAAGCACUUUGGUUGGGAAAAGGUAAAACUCUUGGGUCAUUCUUUAGGCGGUGCUGUGUGUUUCAUGUAUGCGGCUUCAUUUCCCGACGACGUUUCGCAGUAUAUUAGCAUAGAUUUGUAUGGACCUUCGAUUAGAAAUCUGAAAAAGUACGCUGCCAUGACCGGAAAAUGUAUUGACAAAGCGCUGGAAUAUGAAACGCUGCCUGAAUCAAAGCUUCCAUGUUAUUCGUACGACGAAAUGGUCUCAGUGGCUAUGGAUGCAUACGACGGAUCGAUUGAUCGGAAAUCCGCUGAGAUUUUGAUGAUCCGGGGAAUGAACGAAGCACCAAAGAAUCGUUCGAAAGACGGUUACUUCUUCUCCAGAGAUCUUCGACUGAAAGUUUCCAUUUUGGGUCUUUUUUCAAUAGAGCAAGUAUUAGCUUAUGCAGAGCUUAUAAAAUGCCAUGUGCUGAAUAUCAAGGCGGUGCCUGGAAUGAAACAUGAAAGAGAAGAGGUUUACCCCAUGGUUAUUGAUGCCAUACGAAAAAAUGCAACCGUUGAAUAUCAUGAAGUGCCUGGCACACAUCACUUGCAUUUGACAACACCCGAACGAAUUGCUGGAAUUAUCAGUGCAUUUUUACUGAACCCAGACGCGGUCAACGAUUCUAAUUCUGAUUAAAUCUUAUCAACUAACCUGAUAUGACUUAAUUUUGUUUUUAUUUAUUCGAAGGAAAGAUGUAUCUUACUUUUUAAAACAAAUUUACAGAGGCAAAACACUUGCCAAUAGCUACGAUACACAUCGAACACAUGUAAAAGAUGAAAGAAUUGACUAUUUAUUUGAACAAAAUUGAACAAUUAUUUAAAUAAACACCAAAAAAAUUGAGAAAUCAAUAAAAAUUUAUCUUGAAAAUGGAAAUUUGAGACUCAUAUAUUAUUCGCACAAAAGUUGUCAUGUAAAUUGCUGACAUUUUGCACAUCGAAUCUUAAAAUAGUCUUCUGUUGAAUAAGUGGUAAAAGGAACGAUAUGAGAAAUAGAUAUACGAAAAAAGUACAAAUUGAAGAAAGCACGUAAUAAAUUUGUAUGUUGUUAUACACAAUGAACGUA